UAAAUUUCUGCCUCGUUUCAGAUGAAGUUCUGCGCCGUCGCCAUCACCUUCGCGGCCGUGGCUUCGGUUGUAACAUCUCAGGGUCAAAGAUGCGUCACCCGCCGUGGCCAACCGGGGCGAUGUAUAACGGUGCAACAGUGUCCUCGGUUAAAUGACCUCCUCAGACGACGUCCUCCAGGUGCUAUUGAUAUACUACGUGGCGCUAUAUGUUCUGUCACAGAAGGGAGGGCCCUUGUGUGUUGCGAAGAUACACAGCCUGUUAUUUCUCCGGGACCGUCUUUACGAGGGAGAGACCUCUUGCCUCGCGAGUGUGGUCAGACCGCCCUGGUAGACCGGAUCAUAGGAGAACCUGCUCCGCUGUUGUCUUGGCCUUGGAUGAUUCUGCUUCGAGGAAGAAACGCUGAAGGUCGAAGGCGGUUCUUCUGCGGCGGCGUCCUCAUCUCUGAACGCUACGUGCUGACGGCGGCUCACUGCGUCCACAGCGGCGCCACUCUGUCUCUCGAGAGCGUGCGGGUCGGCGAGCACACAGUCGGCCAGGACCCGGACUGCCAGAAGAACCGCUGCGCCCCCUCCCCGCAGGACAUCGCCGUCGAGCAGGUCGUCGUGCACGAGGAUUACGGGACUCCUUGCCUCAAUUGCAACGACAUUGCCCUCCUGCGACUUGCCACGCCCGCCAGGAUCGAUAACCUGUAUGUGACGCCCGUGUGUCUCCCGGUGGAUCCGCUCAGGGACCUCGGCUUCUCGGCGCGGGACCUGAAGACGAAGCGCGCCUGGGUGGCAGGUUGGGGCGCCACAGAAGCGCUCGCCUCUCGCACUGGCACCGGAACCUUCUCGAACGUUCUCCAGCACGGGAAUCUGCCCAUCAGCGACCGCUUCUGCCAGUUCGACCUGCAGAAUUACCCGGAUCCGGAUAUGGUGCUGUGCGCAGGGGGCGAGGACCACGACGCCUGCAACGGGGACUCCGGCGGCCCUAUGGUCAUCAGCAACAACGGCAGGACCCGCAGAUUUGUGAUCGGGGUCGUGAGUCUCGGUCCUGCUGUCUGCGGCGCCCCCGAGAGCUCCGGAAUCUACACCAGCGUUAUCUAUUACAUGGAUUGGAUCCUGAAUAACCUCCGUGCUUGAGGGGAAGAAGGAAGGAAGAAGGAAGGGAAGGAAGGAAGGAAGGGGGAAAGAAGGAUGGA